GUAGGGGUCAGAUAACAGAAGGGCUAUUUUUAACCUCCAUUCAAACCAGAGACUGAGUGAGAAAGAACGAGAAAGAGCGAAGCAGGCCUACAGCAGUCUCUUAAGAGAAGGGCGAAGGAGCCAGCGUGAUAAAGCGUUUGUGAGGACCAUGGAUCUGUGCUACAAUAAAGGCUGCGGGGAGCGCUUCGACCGCAGCACCAACAAGGAAGACGCCUGUCUCUUCCACCCUGGGGUCCCCAUCUUCCACGACGCCCUCAAGGGCUGGUCUUGCUGCAGAAAGAGGACAACAGACUUCUCAGACUUUCUCUCCAUCAAGGGCUGUACCCGCGGUCGCCAUAACGACGAGAAGCCUGAGGAGCCCCUGCGUCCGGAGGUGUCAUCGGAAAAGGGCGGGGCCAAAAGGACCAAUGGAGAGGAGAUCAUCUACAGGGGUCCAAAGUCAGCCGAGGCCCUUCAGAGGGAGAGGCCCAGUUCAGAGGAGCCGCUGAAGAAGCUUCCCCAGAAGGUGUCCGCGUCGCUGGCCAAGGUGUUGGAGAAGAUGGACCUCAGUAACCGAGCCGAGCAGGCCAUGAAAGAGAGUCAGGUGGUCAUGCCGGGAACGAGAUGCAAGAACAUAGGAUGUAAAGGAACCUACCAAGGGCCUGAGACAGACUCGGAGAUCUGCACGCAUCACCCCGGUGCGCCCAUCUUCCACGAGGGGUAUAAAUCCUGGAGCUGCUGUUGUAUCCAGACCUUCGACUUCAAUGCCUUCCUGGACCAGAAGGGCUGCAGUACAGGGACACAUUGUUGGAUCGCCAAACAGGACAAGAAAAAGGUGGCGUGCCGACAAGAUUGGCACCAGACUGCCGAUACAGUGUUUGUGACAGUUUACGCCAAAAAUGCAAAUCCAGAAUUUUCCUUUGUAGAAGCCAACCGUACAGUGAUCAGCUGCGACAUCCAGUUUGAAAACAACAAGGUGUACAAAAGGGAGUUCCACCUAUGGGGAGUGGUGGAUGUGAAGCACAGCAAGGUAAGCAUGGUUCCCUCCAAGGUGGAGAUCUCGCUUCGCAAGGCCAACACCGUCUCCUGGGGCAAGCUGGAGGACCCCAACUUCAAAGCCCCGCCCGAGCCAAUCAACACAGAAUCCUUCGGCGUAACGGCAGAGGCCGAGUGGGACAUCGAAGACGACGACAUCAGCGACUCGGACGACGAGUGGAAGUACGACAAGCCCCCGAAGAAGUCGCCGUGGGGGGAGGAGGGGGAGGAGGAGGUGAAGAAAGAGGUGGAGGAGGGGGAGAAGAAGAAGGAGGAGGAGGAGGGAAAGGAGGAGGAGAAGACGAAGGAGGGGGAGAAGGAGGGGGAGAAGAAGAAGGAGGGGGAGAAGGAGGGGGAGAAGAAGAAGGAGGGGGAGAAGGAGGGGGAGAAGAAGAAGGUACCGGAGGAGGAGGGUGAAAAGAAGAUGGUGGAGAAGGAGGAGGAGGAGGAGGACAGUUUUUAUGACGACCUGCCCCCGCUGGAUGACUGAGGAACUGCAGUCUACUCACACACUUCUCAAAAAACAUACAAACAAACAUUAUUAAACAUACUCACAGAACCUGCCCAGACAAAAUCGUCCACAUUGUGGAUAAUGUUUCAAAAGGUCUUGUUUUUUUUUUUACAGUGAUGGGGAGCUUGUUUUUGAUUGAAUACUAAUUAUCUUAAAGGCCUAAUAUGUAACAUUUUCACAUUAAAAUAUCUUCAAACGA